AUGGGUGAUUCAUGUUGUAAUCCACUAUCGAUUGGAUCAAUUAUUAAAUUAAUUGAAAAAACUAUUACACCAUCACCGUAUAUUUUAUCUCUUAGAAUUGGGAAUAAUAUCGUAGAAGAUACAUCCAAUGGAUUUUUUAUGAAUAUAAAUCAUCAAAUUGAUUAUGUUUGUAAAAAACUAGAAGCAAAUAAAAAUCUAUCACAAGGUUAUCAUUCAUUAGGCUUUUCACAAGGCGGCCAGUUUUUUCGGGCAGUAGCUCAACGAUGUCCAAAUCCACCAAUGUUAAAUCUGAUUUCAAUUGGUGGUCAACAUCAAGGAGUUUUUGGUUUUCCAAGAUGUCCUGGAGACAAUGUCACAGUUUGUAACUAUAUCCGUGAUCUUUUACGGUUUGGUGCAUAUGAAACAAUAAUCCAAGACCAUCUUGUUCAAGCUGAAUAUUGGCAUGAUCCUCAUCAAGAAGAAGAAUAUCGUAAGAAGAGCAUAUUUCUAGCUGAUAUAAAUCAAGAAGGAACGUUUAAUGAACUGUAUAAAACAAAUUUAUUAAAAAUACGAAAUAUGAUAUUAGUCAAAUUUUUGAAAGAUACAAUGGUUGAACCCCACGAAUCAGAAUGGUUUGGAUUCUAUAAACAAGGUGACACAUCAACAAUAAUCGAUUUGAAAGAUAGUGAUUUAUACAAAAAUGAUUUACUUGGACUUAAACAACUGGAUGAACAACAACGUCUAAAAUUUAUCGAAUCAAAUACGGAUCAUUUGCAAUUUACAGAUGCUUGGUUCAUUGAAAAUAUCAUUCCAUAUUUGAUAGGAUAA